AUGCGGUUCUCUGCGUUAACUUCCCUUCUCGCCUGGGGAGCCAUCACCGGUGUCCUCGCGACACCCACCAAGGUCUCCCGGGCACCCUCGCUGGUGGAGCGUGACUUUGCCGCCGUCACCAGCGUUGUCGCUGCCAUUUCGUCCAAGGUCGAUGCUCUGGAUGCAAACAUCAAGGCCUACACUGGAGGCGAUACGUCCGCCAUUGUGGACGCUUCUGCAGACCUCAUCUCCACCAUCAACGAUGGCACUUCCACCGUGGCGGCCCAGCCAGCUCUGAGCCAAAUUGACGCUCUGAAUCUGGUGAAUCCCAUCUUGGCUCUGACCAGCAAGGUCAAGACCACCAUCAACGACCUCAUCUCCAAGAAGAGUCUGAUCGUCGAGGCCGGCGCGGGUCCUACCACAUAUAACCAGUUGCUGGACCAAUACACGGCCUCCUCGAACUUGGCUACGACCCUGUCUAGCAAGGUGCCGGAGGCUCUCAAGCAAGUCGCUGAAGAGCUGUCCUCGGGAAUCACCUCGGCCAUCCAGACGGGUAUCGAUGCUUAUAAGGAUGUGGGCACCCCCCCGACCACUACUACUUCGUCGACUUCCGCACCUCCUACGACUACGCCUACCACCACUACUACUGAGACCUCCACUCCAUGCGAGACUACUACCACUCCUACCGAGACCUCCACUCCAUGCGAGACUACUACUACCCCUACUGAGACUUCCACUCCGUGCGAGACUACCACCACUACUACCGAGACCUCCACUCCAUGCGAGACUACCACCACUACUACCGAGACCUCCACUCCAUGCGAGACUACUACCACUCCUACCGAGACCUCCACUCCAUGCGAGACUACCACUACCCCUACUGAGACUUCCACUCCGUGCGAGACUACCACCACUACUACCGAGACCUCCACUCCAUGCGAGACUACUACCACUCCUACCGAGACCUCCACUCCAUGCGAGACUACCACUACCCCUACUGAGACUUCCACUCCGUGCGAGACUACCACUACUCCUACCGAGACCUCCACUCCAUGCGAGACUACUACUCCUCCUCCUGAGACCUCCACUCCCUGCGAGACUACUACCACUACUACUCCUCCUCCUGAGACCUCCACUCCCUGCGAGACUACUACCACUACUACUCCUCCUCCUGAGACCUCCACUCCCUGCGAGACUACCACCACUACUACUCCUCCUCCUGAGACCUCCACUCCAUGCGAGACUACUACCACUACUACUCCUCCUCCUGAGACCUCCACUCCAUGCGAGACUACCACUACUACUCCUCCUACGGAAACCACCACCACACCCACUACACCUCCUGCUGAAACUACCACUACCACCAGUGUCCCUGUUCCCCCAGUGACCUCCACCACCACCGCUACCGAGACGACCCCCUGCCAUGAGUGUGAGGGCACCACCAGCGUUCCCAACCCACCCGGCCCCACCACACUGACCACGGCCCCUGCAUGCACGACUUGCGGUGGUGGUGGUGGUGGUGAGCAGCCCACGCCUCCCGUUGUGGUUCCUCAGCCCUCUCCCUCCAGCCCUACGACUAUCGCUCCUCCUGGAGGACUCUCCACCGGCGCAGCCAGCAAGCUGGGCUCGUCUCUUGGCACGGCCAUGGCUAUUGCUGCAAUUGCGCUGUUGCUGUAA